UGUACAAAUGGUUAUCUUCGUGUAAAACUUGACAGGCGCUAUUUUUUCUUUUGCAGUUUUAAUUGCCUACGUCACUGUAUAAUUGAAUAUAAAAUUAUUUUACAAUGCCAAGUGUUAAAGAUGAAUCAGAGGCUGAAGGAGAAGAAAUGUCACAUGACAGCAAUGACAGUAAUCAGAGUUCUGCGUCAUGUGACAGUAGUGCAGAACAUAGCGACAGCGAUGACUCUUCAGAGAUGGAUGAAGAUGAAUGUGAAAGACGACGCAAUGAAUGUAUGGAAAACUUAGUAGAUUUAGAGAGACAGUUUACUCUCCUUAAAGAACAGCUCUAUCGUGAGAGAAUUACUCAAGUAGAUACAAAAUUAGGAGAGGUUCGUGUUGGAAAAUCUGAAGAAUACCUAAUACCUCUUGAACGAUUAAAAGAAAAUAUGAAAACAAAAACAGAAGUGGCUGGAAUAUUAAAGCAAUACAGAUUACAAAACAUACAAAAUAAAUUCCUAGCAGAGGAACAGGCUGCAUUACAAAAUUUUCAAAGUGAAAAAGAAUUAAUAUGGGACUAUAUCCACAAUGAUUUACAAGAAAAGAUACGAAGAUUAGAAGAAGACAGAAACAAUGUGGAUAUUCAUGCGGACUUAUGGCUAAAUUCAACUGGUAGAAGACGUAGGAAUCACACUGAAAGAAGGAGAGCUGUUUCCGUUGCUGGGCCUUAUAUUGUUUACAUGCUUAACGAUGCAGAUAUUCUUGAAGAUUGGGCACUGAUAAAGAAAAGCCUGAGCAGUCGAAAAACUGAAAUAAUUUAAUAUUACUUUUAGACGUAACAACAGUUGUAGCAAAAUA